AAUAUCCCAGAAUUCCCGUAAGAAAAACCUUAUAUCAUGUUUUCUUAUGGGAAAAAAACGGAUGUAUGCGGGUCAGUUCAUCCCACGACCGUUUCACCCCGGGCUAUUUCAUCCCAAACUAUUUUUUUAUUGGGCUGUUUCAUCCCCCUCGUUAUUAGAAUAGCAGUUAAUUAACUGAGUUGUACUUAUUGUUAAAUAAACUGUUAAACACUUAUUUAUUGUUAAAUAAACAUGUACUUUCGGGUAGACUAAUCACCAGAAUUCACCGGAAUUCAUUUACAAUCACCGGAAUUCACUUCUAAAAAUCCCCGAUUCCUCCUACAAAACUCACUUAUUUUAAAUGUAUAAUACAUUUUGAUCUCUCCACAGGCCAGAUAAAGGCGCUGUAGGUGAAUUUAUUUGAAAGACUACCGGAAUUCAUUUCAAAUAUAUGCAUCAUGAUUAUGAUAACGUAGGGCGCGUCGUAUUACUUUUACUCAAUAGGCUGAACUCCAAAAUAACACAUAAUAACAAUUCGCUCGAAUUACCCAAUACGGUGUUUCAUGGUUACCCAUGAUCCUUUGCGCGUUGGAGUAGUUCCGGUUUAACGCAGACGUCAUUGGCUAUGGCGAGUCACUGCGUCCAAGUGCAAAGUCAAAUUUCAUAUGUAAACAAACAAGAAAUUAUAAGGUCGCUGAAAGCAUUCAGGAAGAAAUAUGGAGGUGGACAGUUUUGUUGUGUUCCCAACUGCAGUAACCAGCGAGGAAAGGAUAAAAUUAAUAAUGUGAAAAGAUCCUAUUAUAGAUUUCCAAAGCACAACAACAAACAGUUCAGAUUAUGGAUGACAGCGAUCCGACGUGAUGAUUGGGAUUAUCGUAACUGGCACAGGGUCUGUUCAGAUCAUUUUAAAGGAGGUAAAAAAGGAAGUAAUCCCUCAGGCCCAGGCUUUGUUCCAACAGUAUUUUCGUUCAAAAAGGAACCAACACCAAGGCCCAGCAGAAAUUCUAGUAGACCUGUCUUGUCUCCACUGAAAGAACAUCAGAAUUCAUCCAUCCCACCCAAGAAGCGUUGCUGCCUUACAUUUUCACAGUCCUUACAGACUAAAGGUUUGGAAAAACAUGCUCUUCUUACCCCACAGCCGGAAGGUCAUGAUUAUAUUGUUACAAAAAUGCAAGAAAUGGAUGAAGCAAUCAGAACAUUUUUACCAGAGAUAGAAGCAAAAAUGAAAAAACUGGAGAAUUUAGAAAAAUUAAAUGAAAUUUACAGAAAUCAAGUUUUAGAUUUGGAUCAGAUAAAGAGCAAUCCCCAAAAAAUGCAAUACUGGACUGGUUUUCCAAAUUAUGAAACAUUUCUUGCAUUGUUUGAAUUUCUUGAGCCACGUGCGCAAAACAUGAAGAACUGGAGAGGAAAUACUACUCUUCAAACAGAAAAUUUUACUAAAUUUUACACAAACAAGCCAGGUCCAGACAGAAAGAUGAGUUUACUGGAUGAGUUUUUCCUAACUAUGGUGCGGUUAAAAUCACCACUUCUAACUGAAGACUUGGCUCAGAGGUUCAGUAUUUCAAUUGGAACAGUAUCGUCAAUAUUCAGUUCAUGGAUAAACUUAAUGUACAGUGACCUUAAACUGUUGUGUGAACUUUCAACUCGAGACAUCACCGAGGAGAACCAGUCACAUGCUAUGGGUUCAUAUAAAGAUGUUAGAGUAAUACCCGAUUGCACCGAGUUGUUUGUUCAAAACCCAAGUAAAUUAGAAGAAAAGAAACAGUUUUUUUCAAAUUACAAACAUCACAACACUUUCAAAUUUCUUGUUGGCAUCAGCCCCCAGUUAGGAAUAACAUAUGUUAGUCGUGCCUAUGGUGGUCGUGCUUCAGACAGACAUAUUACAUCUGAUUCAGCAGAUCUGUUGCAGAGACCUGAGAUUAAUAAAGGGUCUGUUAUGGCAGACAGAGGUUUUGUAAUUGAAGGUAUCUUAAGUGAUAUGGGAGUGAAGUUACAUAUGCCAUCAUUUAAGGGAAGAGAGAGACCCCAGUUGUCUGCUAAAGAAGGGUCAUUGUCCAACACGAUCUCAAGUGUGCGUAUCCAUAUUGAACGUGCAAUUCAGCGUAUCAGAAUGUAUCACAUUUUGCAUGGGGAACUACAGUUGUCAAUGAAACAUAUAGCUGAGCAAGUGUUUACUGUAUGUGCAUAUUUAGUUAAUUUUCAAACUCCUAUUGUGAAGUCUUAGGCAACUAAACAUACUACUGCAGCAGCUAAGUCGUCCAGGUAGUCAACAAGUGAUGUCAAAUAUUUUUUCUUUUGUCAGUAAUGAAAACAUUUACAACUCACUUUUAAACUCAGGAAAAAGUAACAACCCACCCAUUAAGUAAUUAUCAGAAAUCAUUAGAAUUUGUUUCAAUUGUUUGUCUCAAUGCCUUUAUAAAUUAUACUGUGCAUAAUUUUAUAUUAACUUUAACUUCUAGCACGUCCGCAAGAUUUCUCAAGUGAUCAAGGGUCAUAACUCUGGCAGUAAUUAUCUGAAAUCGUUGAAAAGCAAUAGGCUACUCCGUCUCAUGACCGUAAAUACUGUGUAUAAAUUUAAAGUCUAUUGGACAUUUAACUUAGCCUCUAGAGCAUAAUUAUUGGGCGUAUCAAAAGCACAUUGUACAUAUACAUGUACGUAUCCUGUACAUGUAUGUGUAGGCCUACUUAUUUGAUAUUUUGCUGUACAUAAGGUUAAUUGCUAUAAAUAUUAUUAGU